AUGGAACAACCAAACAAUGAUAAUAAAAAGCAAAAUUCUUCCAAUGGCACUCAACAAAUCGAGGAGAAACAUAGCCCGUUUUCGGAAGAACAACCGUUGCCUGCCAAAGAAACUAAUCCAUCGACGAACUUACCACAAAUUGUCGAACAGCAGGAAGUUCUUUCAAAUUCACCCACUCCUGUUGGACAACCGGGUGAUGUAGUUGAUGCUAAAGGGACGAGUAAUCCAUCAAGAAACAUUGAAGAAGAGAAUCAUGAACCACCUCCAAAUUCUCAAAAUGAAAAUUCUCCUCAGCUCGAAGAACGAAAUCCCUCGAUUUCGAGUACAAUAAUCUUUAUCACCGCUAUUGUCGUUUGCCUUGUUCUUUUUGCUGUGUUAUUGUGGGCAUUAUACCCUCCAAGCCCACCCGCUCCUCCAAGUUGUCAAUAUGGAUGGAAUUACUUUAAUGGAAGCUGCUAUAAGCUGUACUCAAAUAAAGUGGGAUACAAUGCAGCAGAAGCCGAAUGUCGAGAAAAUAAUGCAAAUGUUGUCUCAAUUCACAGUGAACAGGAGCAAAAAUUUGUAAAUGACUUGCGAGAGGGGAGUUGGACCUGGCUUGGGCUGAAGCACGACAGUAAAUGGUCAUGGAGUGACGGAAGUGACGUUGAUUAUACGAAUUGGGAGGACGGACAUCCCAUGUUGAUUAGGACCUUGACUAAUAUGCGACGUGACACCGGGAAAUGGGAAUCGAAAACAUCGCUGGAUAACAACUUUUUCAUUUGCAAGAAACCAAAA